UGUGCAUCAUAUGGAGCGGCCGGCCUGGUAUUCCCCAGUGUGAAAAUACUGGGCCGGUUCCUUGGCUCUUCUCUGCAGACCUCCAGUGGUCCUACCUGUUCCUCGGUCCAGCUGUGUCCUCAGUCUUCUCCACGGAAGUCCGCAGUCUCUGGUCAUCUCAUGUACUAUGUCUGCAGUCUCUGGUUAUGUCCUGUACUGUGUCCGCAGUCUCUGGCCACCUCCUGUAGUAUGUCCGCAGUCUCUGGUCACCUCCUGUACUGUGUCCACAGUCUCUGGUCAUCUCCUGUACUGUGUCCACAGUCUCUGGUCAUCUCCUGUACUGUGUUCACAGUCUCUGGUCAUCUCCUGUACUGUGUUCACAGUCUCUGGUCAUCUCCUGUACUGUGUUCACAGUCUCUGGUCAUCUCCUGUACUGUGUCCUCAGUCUCUGGUCAUCUCCUGUACUAUGUCUGCAGUCUCUGGUCAUCUCCUGUACUAUGUCUGCAGUGUCUGGCUAUCUCCUGUACUGUGUCCGCAGUCUCUGGUCAUCUCCUGUACUGUGUCUGCAGU